AUGGUGCUCUCAAUUACAGAAAAGCUAUAUUUGCACGAAAGUUUAGCUUCUAAGCCACCAGCCCGUCCCGAUGGUAGAAACGCUGAUCAGUUCAGACCCAUCGAGAUCUUCACGGAUUUUCUGCCCACUUCCAAUGGCUCUUCAAAAAUAGUAGCAAGCGAUGGCACAGAAUGUAUUGUCAGCAUCAAAUGCAAAGUUGUUGAUCGCGCUGUUGAGGAAGAGCUGGUAGUUGUGGACGUAGACAUCGCUGGCCAUCGUGACGAUUCUACACUCGUUCAGGGAAUUGCGUCAAUUCUUAAUAGGCUUUUAGUAUCCCAAAUGGAUCAAAUGUCUCUACGACUUACAAAGAAGUACAGUUUCAAGCUCUUCAUUGACGUGCUAGUGCUUUCAAGCUAUUCUCACCCACUGACAUUGAUCUCAUUAGCCAUUUAUUCCGCUCUCAAUUCGACACAACUACCAACCUUAAUUUCGAGUGAUGACGAUUUGGACGUAGCAGAACUGCCGACGUUUCACGACUACGACAUGAGUAAGCUAAAUGUUAAAGUUCCGCUUUUAUUUACGUUGGCGAUUUGUGGGAAAAAUGUCAUUGUGGACCCUGCGGCUAGUGAAAGUGACGUUGCUAAUAAUGGUGUCUUGGUGACAUGGAAUGACGGCAAAGUAGUGGCGCCGGUAAGAACUCUGGGGCUUAAUGAGGACUACGUUCGUGGUAUCUGCCCACAAAGUUUAGUAGACAGCAUAAGAAUGGUCGAAGAAUUGGCGCCUAAAAUUCUUAAAGCAUUAGAUAAUUAA